AUGGCAGGACAAGGGCAGGAGGUUCGUAGGAUGCAAGGCAAGAACCGGGGAGAAGAUGAUGCCGGCCGGGGCUGUUACGGGAGCAGCGGAGGUGGAAAGAGAUGGGAUCCGGGAUUUGCCCGGAAGGCAGGGCCAACGGAUUUGCCGAUGAAUGUGGACAACGAGAGACAGAGAGGUGUUCGGGGCAACUCAAAGUCGCCGCGGUUUCCUGCUUCAACAGUGCUUGGACGGAACCCGGCGCUCGUCCCCCACCCUGGCCGGCCGUUCAGAGCCAGCCCUCCGCCAUCUCUUCGUCGCGCCCUUGGACCCUCCAAGGCCCCCGCCGCUGCUCGCUGCCGCCUUUUCUCAGCCGCCGCCACGACGCCCGUGUCCCCCUCGCAGGUGCGCCAGAACGACCACCAGGACUCGGAGGCCGCCAUCAACCGCCAGAUCAACCUGGAGCUCUACGCCUCCUACGUCUACCUGUCCAUGUCUUACUACUUUGACCGCGACGAUGUGGCUUUGAAGAACUUCACCAAAUAUUUUCUUCACCAAUCUCAUGAGGAGAGGGAACAUGCUGAGAAACUGAUGAAGCUGCAGAACCAACGAGGUGGCCGAAUCUUCCUUCAGGAUAUCAAGAAACCAGACCGUGAUGACUGGGAGAACGGGCUGAAUGCAAUGGAGUGUGCAUUACAUUUGGAAAAGAGCGUGAAUCAGUCACUACUGGAACUGCACAAACUGGCCACUGAUAAAAGUGACCCCCAUUUGUGUGACUUCAUUGAGACUCAUUACCUGAAUGAGCAGGUGAAAUCCAUCAAAGAAUUGGGUGACCACAUAACCAACCUGCGCAAGAUGGGGGCUCACGAAUCUGGCAUGGCAGAGUAUCUCUUUGACAAGCACACCUUGGGAAACAGUGAUAGUGAAAGCUAAGCCUUAGGCUGUCUUCCCAUAGCCACAAGGGUGACUUCCCUGGUCACCAAGGCAGUGCAUGCAUGUUGGGGUUACCUUUACCUUUUCUAUAAGUUGUACCAAAACAUCUACUUUACUUCUUUCAUUUGUACCAUUCUUCAAAUAAAGUAAUUUGGUACCC